GAUGAUUCUGACUGGACUGAAGUGUAUAUAUAGUUUCAUGAAAGAUAAAGGAAAGAGAAAGACUGUUUAUUCUUUUCAGAGUUUGCAUAUUAGACUGAGUUAAAUGCUUCUAUUCCUUCAAGAACAAAACAAUUUUCAACUUGUGUACUCAACAUAGAAAAUGCAUAUUAGAGUUGGCUUCAUAAGUUUAUACCUUACAUUUGCAGUACAGUUUCAAAUUAUCUAUAGAAACAUUUUAGAAUCUACAAAUUUGAAUGUGUGAAUCUGGUUUAUAGGCACCUGUAGUAAUCCGGCACUCCUGGUCAGCUUUGGAGAAACAUCACAUAUUUCAUAAUGCAAACGAAGAAAGAGCACGACCGACCUGUCUUUGAAAACUCAUUUUUACAGUGGAGUCAAUGGCAGUUGUUGGAUUCGAUUCUACCUACAGGUGGAUUUGCUCAUUCUUUUGGUCUUGAAGCCGCAGUUCAGCCGCGUAUAGUGUCUGAUUCCAACGACCUCAAGACAUUUCUUAUUCAUGUAUUAGAGAAUACGGGAAGCUUAUUCCUUCCAUUCGUGUAUUCAGCUUGCACGUCACCGAAUAUGGAAAACUGGCAUAACCUCGACAGAAUAUUGGAUGCUACCCUUACUAACGAAGUGGGUCGAAAGGCGUCAAUCUCGCAAGGAUCUGCGUUAAUGAGGGUAGCUUCAGCUGUGUUUUCCGAGAUGCCAUCUCUCAAAACAAUGAGAGAUGCUUCAUUAAAGUUAGGAACUGUAACUUUUCAUCACGCUCCUAUAUUCGGACUAACAUGUGGAGCAUUGGGAUUCGAUAGUACGAGUUCUCAGAGAGCUUAUAUGUUCAUCACAAUGAGGGAUGUGAUAUCGGCUGCUACGAGACUGAACUUGAUAGGACCACUUGGAGCAGCAUUGUUGCAGCAUCAAGUUGCUCCUAUCGCUGAAGUUAUAUUAGAAAAAUGGAUGAAUCGAGAUGUUGAGGAAGCUUGUCAAACUAUGCCUCUUCUAGAUACCGUGCAAGGUUGCCAUGGUUAUUUGUUUUCUAGACUGUUUUCGUCUUAGAAUGCGAUGAGGGCCACAAUAAAUUUAUUAUAGUUAUAAUUUAAAUUUAUUUGAUGUCAUAUGUGAGUGAAAAUAGGCCACUUCCUUAAGCUUAGAGAGGUGUAUUAGAUUGUGAUUUUAAGAGGGUUUUUUAGAGACU